AGCCCAGUUACACCAGCCAGGCUAGAAGCUGGUGGCCCUGCCAUGGCCUUCCCAAGGCCCCUCCUGAUGCUUGCUCUGCUUCCAUGGCUUGUUCUGGCUGACCAAGAGUCCUGCAAGGGCCGCUGCACAGAGGGCUUCAAUGCUGACAGGAAGUGUCAGUGUGAUGAGCUCUGCUCUUACUACCAGAGCUGCUGCGAGGACUAUGUGGCUGAGUGCAAACCCCAAGUGACUCGUGGGGAUGUAUUCACUCUGCCAGAAGAUGAGUAUGGGGUCUACGACUACCCUGAGGAGAUCAGAGACAACAGCAGUGUCCUCCCACAGCAAGGGAGCACCACCCAGAGCCCCCAUCUGCAGGGCCAGAUCGAAGUGUCUCCUGACCAGGAGGCCUCUAAGGUACCUUUCCUGAAACCUGAGGAAGAGGCCCCAGGGGCUACACAGGGGACCUUGGGGCCUGAGACCUCUGAUCAAGACAUCCCUGAGUCCCCCGCGGAGGAGGAGCUAUGCAGUGGGAAGCCCUUCGACGCCUUCACUGACCUCAAGAAUGGCUCCCUCUUUGCCUUCCGAGGGCAGUACUGUUACGAGCUGGAUGAAAAGGCAGUGAGGCCUGGGUACCCCAAGCUUAUCCGAGACGUCUGGGGCAUUGAGGGCCCCAUUGAUGCAGCCUUCACCCGCAUCAACUGUCAGGGGAAGACCUACCUCUUCCAGGGUUAUCAGUAUUGGCGCUUCGAGGAUGGUGUUCUGGACCCAGAUUACCCCCGCAACAUCUCUGAAGGCUUCAAGGGCAUUCCGGACAAUGUGGACGCAGCCUUGGCUCUCCCUGCUCAUAGCUACAGUGGCCAGGAGCGGGUCUACUUCUUCAAGGGGAGACAGUACUGGGAGUAUGUGUUCCACCGGCAGCCCAGCCAGGAGGAGUGUGAAGGCAGCUACCUGUCCGCAGUGUUUGAACACUUCGCCCUGCUGCGGCGGGACAGCUGGGAGACUCUCUUUGAACUUCUCUUCUGGACUAGCUCCUCUGGUGGUACUGGUGAGCCCCGGCUCAUCAGCCAGGACUGGCCAGGUGUGCCCAGGCAAGUGGACGCGGCCAUGGCCGGCCGCAUCUACAUCUCAGGCUCAGCUCCCCAGUCCUGGGCCAAGAAGCAGAAGUCCAAGAGGCGUAACCGUAAACGCUACCGUUCACGCCAUAACCGUGGCCACGGCCGCAGCCAGAACCACCCCCGGCAGUCCCGUUCAGCCUUGCUGUCUUGGUUCUCCAGCGAGGAGGACAGCCUGGGCACCUAUGACUAUGACAUGGACUGGCUUGUGCCUUCCACCUGCGAGCCCAUCCAAAGUGUUUACUUCUUCUCAGGAGACAAGUACUACCGAGUCAACCUUCGCACACGGCAAGUGGACGUUGUGAGCCCUCCUUACCCACGCUCCAUCGCCCAGUACUGGCUGGGCUGCCCAGCCCCUGGCCACAAGUAGGCAUCGAAGCAAGCACAGCUGGGCCCUUGACUGCUCCCCCCUCAACCUCUUCUUCCCAGCCCAAUAAAGUCCUCUUGGUCCUGA